AUGGAGUCAAACAACAAUAUAGACAGUCGAAGAAGCAGUAUAGUGACACCUCCUGACAUAGUGCGGGGUGUGGAAAAUUAUACUGAGGAUGAACUAGAAGCGCAUAGAGUAAAAUUGCAAGAGCUGCAGCUGAAACAGAAAUUGAUGGAGGAACAGAACAAGAAGAGGAAAGAGAUGCUAGCAAAAGCGUUAGCUGACAGGACAAGACAAACCGAAGAGGAAGUGUUAAAACUAGAGAAAAUAAAGAAAGAGCUGCAAGUUCUAGAUGGUCAGUUUUCACAAGACGUUGCUGUGUUGAGGAAGAAGAUUGACCAAGCUUGCUUAAGUUAUUCAGAAGCUGAAAAACACUACCUGAAGGUGGAGAAGGAGUUCUUGCAGGCGAAAAUCUGUCUGCAGAAGGAGAGGGAGAAGAAGGAGCUGCUCACGGAACAUUUGUGCGCGCUGAUCACGCACAACGAGACGCGGAAGGCGCAAAAGUUGGAAACCCUGAUGCUGGAACUGGCCACGGACAAAAGGGCCAGUGUCAGCGAAGUGGGCAGCCCAGUAGAGGACAGAGCGCCAGUUAUAGAAGACGGCGUGGACCAGAGAACAGGGAAAAUGGUGGAGAUGCAAGAAAGC